AUGCGCGUCUUUCCCGUGCUUCGUCCAUACCAAGAGCAGGCCUUGCGAGCAUGUGAAGAAGCGUUAAACUCUGGCGUUCAUCGAAUUGGUGUCUCUCUUCCAACGGGAGCAGGAAAGACAGUCGUGUUUACGACACUCUUGUCGCGAAUUAAACCGCCCACCAGCAAUGUCUCGCGCGCUCUCAUUGUCGUCAACAGUAUAGAGCUGGCUCGACAGUCUGCAGAGCAAGCCCAACAACUCUUUCCCAGCUGGAAUGUCGAGAUUGAGCAAGGGACCAAGCAUCGAGCGUCUGGAGAAGCGGAUGUUACGGUGGCCACAUACCAGACAUUACUACAAGCUUCACGAAUAAAGAAAUUCAAUCCAGCCAUGCUGAAAGCUGUUAUUGUUGACGAAGCCCACCAUGCCGCAGCGCCGUCAUAUCGACGUAUUCUCUCCCACUUUGCGACUGAAAUCAAAAGCCCGGAACCCAACGCCCAGCUACCCAUCCUCGCCCACAAGAUACCCAUCAUCGGAUUUUCUGCUACCUUCAGCCGCCAUGACGGGCUUGCAUUGGGUUCGGUCUUUGAGCGUAUUGUCUAUCACAGAGAUUUCCUGGAAAUGAUUAAAGAGCAAUGGCUUUGCGAUGUUCGGUUCACCACCGUUCGCGCGAGCUUAAACUUGAGCAAUGUGACGGUGAACUCGCGGACGGGAGACUUCAAUCCCACGUCGCUUGCUCACGUCGUUAAUACUGACACAGUUAACAACCUCGUCGUAAGGACGUGGCUUGACAAAGCCUCUGGGCGCAAAUCGACGCUCGUCUUCUGUGUCAAUAUCGCCCAUUGCGAGUCAUUAACCCAAACGUUCCGCGGUUACGGUAUCGAUGCGCGAUAUCUCGUCUCCAGCACCCCAGCCCUGGAGCGCAAAGCACUCGUAACAGCCUUCAAGGCUGGUCAAAUACCAGUUCUUAUCAAUUGUGCAAUACUUACGGAAGGCGCUGACAUCCCCAAUGUGGACUGCGUUCUGGUGGCUCGUCCGACGCGUUCUCGCAACAUCUUUGCCCAAAUGAUCGGCCGUGGAAUGCGGUUGUCUCCUGCGACUGGAAAGACGGACUGCCGCAUCAUCGAUUUUGUGGACAGCGCUGGCCGAGUGGAAGGCUUAGUAACUAUUCCGAGUCUCUUCGGACUUGACCCUGACGCGAUUUCGAACGAUGACGAGACUCCCGAAACCCUGGAGAAGCGUGCGGCAGAAACCAACGCGCUUGAUAGCGUCGACAGCAGCAUUCCAGAUCCGAAAUCUGUGACAUACAAAGACUAUGAAGAUCCACUGUCAUAUUUUGAGCAAGCUGCUGGAGGGGGCCAACAUAUUUCCAGGUUCAGCAGGAAUGCUUGGGUCAGCUGUGGAGAUGUUCAUAUUCUCGAAUGUCUGGGCAAGGGCUCAGUGAGAAUAGAAGCCGUGGACGACGAGGAAGGGAGGCAUUUCAAAGCACACUACAACCCUGAAGUGGAUCACAGCACGGCGGCGACACUGGGGAUUGGUCGAUUUCUACGCAGCCGUCCCAUUCUCACGGCGCAAACGUUACAAGAUGCCAUCCACGGGUGUGAUACCUACGUCGCAGAGAAGGUCGUUCUUGGUCCAAUGGCUGCUGGGCUUCUCCGGACAGCACGGUGGCGCAAAGCACCAGCAUCAGAGCAACAAAAAAAUCUCGUGGCCAAGCGUUGGGCUAAGCGCUUGUUAGACUCAGAGGACGCAAGAGAAAAAAUUGACGAUAAGAUUGCGAAUCUCACUAAAGGCGAGGCAGCCACCAUCAUCACUCGAAUGAAGAAUGGCGCAUUGUUGCGUUUCGACAAGAAAGUCACUGCGGGAAAGAAGGCGGCUGUAAAGAAAGAGAAGGAGAUUUCACGACGCGCCAGAGAGACAGUGAGGGUCGGUCCACUUGAAAAAUAG